AAUAAUGUCACCUGUCCUGUUGACAUUUUACGUAUUUUAUAUAUUUAAAUAGUUCUGUUGAAUAGAUCUAUAUAAAUAGUUUUAAUCAGGAAGUGGAUUUAAUAUAAUGUACACUACCGAAAAUUAACCCAACGCCGACGGUUCCUGAAUCUAGUCAGUUUUGUAAUACAAUUCAGCAAAAAUAAAUGAUGGAAUAUGGAAGAGGAGGAAGAAGAUAGAGUGACAGAGCCUCGUUUUACUAUAGGUGCACAAGAUAUAUCAACUCUUAACACUACCAAUCAUCAUGGGUUUCUACGUUAUGAGGGAGGUUUAGAAAAAUUCGUCAGAAGGACUGUUAUUUUCAAACCAUUUUUCAGAGAAGCAGUGAAAUGGAGACAGCGUUUUGUUGUUUUAUGUGAAGGAUGCAUGUAUUUAUACAAAGAUGAAUAUGCCACAUCACCUCUUAAAGCCUUCUCUUUAGCCGACUUUACAAGGAUCCAAAGAUUUCAAGACAACGACAGAAGAACAAGAAUGAAGUUUCAACUCGUACCAUUGAACGAGGACUCACCUCAGAAGUUCUUAACAUUUUGCUCCUCGACUGAUGAAGAAAGAAAGGUUUGGUUCCAAAAGAUAAGAAAGGAAAUGGACGAAGCAGUACACGGAUCUUCUCAUUUACAAAGUGAUUUUGACCAAGACGAAUAUGUUUCUUUAGAGACACCAGUACAGGUACAACCAGCUCAUACGUACCGGGAACCAGACAAAAAGCUGGUGAAAAAGUCGAAAAAUAAUGAAAAGAAGAAAAAGGAAAAAGAUAAUAAACCAAAUGAAAAGGACAAUAAACCAAAUGAAAAAGACAAAAAUGAAAACACAGCUACAGCAGGCAGGCGUCUUCCUCCAUCGCCUCCGGAAGACGACGACGAGGACGACUUAAGUGACUAUGAUACGAUAGCAGAAGAUGCUUUUGUCAGUCGAGCUUUGCCAGCUGUUCCACCCAGUGUACCAAAAGAAAGAACACCUCGUCUUAUUGAACCAAUCAAACCAAAGGUGCCACAGAAACCACAGUCAAAUAUUAAGAAAUUAAGAUAUUCCAGAUCUGAGUUUGAAUUCAAUAGCAGUGACAGAACUCAAGUUGAAGGAAUAUUGGAUGAAAUGUCAGUUGGAACUUUUCUUGUUCGGAAAUCACGACAAGACAAUCAAGAGGUGCUGUCUGUAAAAACAGAUGAUGGAAUAAAAGAAUACAAAAUAUACAAUAAGAACCGUGGACUUAGCAUUGACAACAAAGAACAGUGGUUCAGUACUACAGAGGAAUUACUUGACCAUUAUUCACAACAAGAUAUUCCUAACAGGGUUAUGACUUUGUCGAGAGCAUAUAGUACAACAGAAGACAACAAUCAUUUAUAAUAAUUGUAGUUAUCUAUAUGUAUUCUGUAUUUUUAUCUACCAUAUUUUUAUAGAUAUAUUUUUAGUUAUCAAACACACCAGACUUUCAUUACUUGCGUCAUUAUUUAUCUCGAACAAAAAGUUUUGUAUGCAAAAAAGGAAACUCAACGUUUAUGGUUAUAUUUUGAUUUUCGACUAUUAUGUGCAUUUAUCAGUUUUUGUUAAUACGUUUUGUUUAUUGUAUAGUUUUAUUUGUAUUGUUGAUUUGUGUAUUUAUCUAUCCUGAAUGUUUUUUUCUUCAUUUAUUUGUAUUGUAGUCCUGUCAUUUUAGUGUUAUAUUUCACAUUGCCAUGAAAGCGAGAAACCAGUUCAACCCACCAUUUUUUUCUUAACAUGUCCUGUUCAAAGUCAGGAAAAUGACAAUUGUCCACUUAUAGUUCGUUUUUUUGUGUGUUGCAUUGUCUUUUGUUUUUUUGUUGCACUUUAGUACUUCUGUUGUUUCGUUGUUUUCCUUUUUUUACUUGAUGUGUUUCCCUCAGUUUUGCUUUGUAAUUCGGAUAUGUUUUCUCUUAAAUUUUUUAUGACUUUCGAACAGCGAUUUACUACUGUUGGCCUUAUUUGUCAAUAUAUUUUUUUUAACAUUGAAUGUAGUAAUAUAAGAAUUAACCCAAUCAUCAUUAUGUAGAAGAUCAAUUACCUUCCAAUUCUGUACUUUUAGAAUCAAUGCUAAAUUUUUGGAGGACAUUUAAAAAAUCAGAUAAAUAAGUUUCUAUCACAAAUGUUUAAAAUAGUUCCUAAAAUUCCAUAACAUGUUGAUAAAUUAAUUACGAAUACCAGUAUUUGAGGACCAAAAAAUACAUUAUGCAGCAUAUCAGACGUUCUGGCCUAUUACAAAUCUGUUGAUGUGAUUGUAAAGUAUAUUAAAGAUUAAAAAAUACAUAUCUCUUCCGUAAUGAGGUUUGAAAGAAGAGAACUUUUGAUUUAGUCAAUGUGUGCUACACAUAUAGACCAGCGUGAUUGUUUUGUUAGAUUUGUGUUUCAUCGAUAUACAAACUUCCUUCACAAUUAUUAAUGUUAGUCAACCAAUGUUCUUCACUGGACAUACAUAUUUAUAUUGCAAACAAGUACUCACUGGAAUUCAUUUUGUUAUAGUAUCAUAUUUGUUAAGGCAUGAACAAUAUCAAAACAAACAGUACUUUAAAAUGGUCCAAAAAUUACAUUUGUUAAGUUUUUGAUGGAACGAAUAGGGCUUUAUAAUAUACUUCCAUUCUUACCCAAGUGCAUGUGUUCAAAAAUGAUUUAAAUGUAGAUGUUUAAACGCGUCUUUAAUGACAAAUAUACCAUUGUUAGUAAUAAACAUUAUAUAAUA